UUUGGGGGAGGCUGUGGCUCGACGAGCUUCUGUGUGCCAUUAUUAGCUGCCCCGAAAAAAAUACACACAAAGAAACCAAACGGAAAAACGUUGGACGACACGCCGUUAAAUAUGGGCCCACCUGGAGACAGAACACGCCACUCGUCGACUGAAAGAACGGAGGAUUUCAGCUGGAUUGUCGAUUUAUCUUGACAUGGCAUGCAGCAGGGCGAGUCGGGGGUUGUGACGACUGAAGAAAAGAGGAGAAAGAAAACAAGCGCAGCAAACACCUCGAAACUUAAGGCGUGGAAACGGGAGAUUUUGUUUAGCUAACGUUUAUUUCGCUGUUUAGCGUUUGACGUUGGUUGGCUAUUGAUUCCCUAGUUGUUUUUUGUUGGUUUAGUUGUUGAUAAGAUACGACCGAAGUGAAUUAUAUCGAGCUAAAAUGCUGAGCAUAAGCAAAAACAGCUAGUUAGUCACCCCUGAACGUUUCUCGACUCUCACAGCACUGGCAGUCACAUUGAACCGAGCAAGAAAAUGUAAACGCGUGGAAAGAUGACUUUACGCUAGCUAGCCGAACACACAUAGGCCUACAUUAAGCCAAUCAGUCGGAAGAUAAGAUGUAGCUAAACCGUUGGUUCACUACUAGUUAGUGUUGGAAGUGAAUGCAUAGAUUAGCUUGCUAGCUCACCAUAGCUAGUGUGCUAAAAAUACGCCCACACCAUGACUAUCAGCAGUGGCAGCACCGCAGGCCGUGGGCCAAGUGAGUGGCAGUAACAUUUGAGGAAAUGUCAAGGUACUUUCACGGUAGUCCUCGAUGUUACCCGGUGCCAAUAUCGCCUGGCAUCUGUAUUUACCUGCCAUGUCUGUCUGUAUCCCCAAUCUGUCUGUAACACGCACAUAACGCAGCCUCUACAGAGAAACAAACACAAACGACAGCCAUGGAUGAGGGACUCUGAAAUGACCCAAACAAUAGAUUAUUUGUCUGCUUGCUAGUCUCUGUACUCCUCAAUUUCACAAGCAAAAUGGGUUUUGACCACAACAAUAGCCGUUUUUAAGUUACACUCACAAGAGAAAAUUUGUCUAAUUUUAGUUGCUUUCAUUUGUAAUCACUUGUCGAUGGCAGGUUGAAAACAAAGCUAAAAUGGCUUAAAGGUCAUGUCUUAAAACAUGGAUUUUUGAUCAAGUUAUAAGGAGAUGUAGUCUUAGCUCGUUGAUCAUUCCCCUCCUCGACACUGCCCUGUGACAAAAGUAUAAAAAAUGACUUAGAUUUGCCUUUGAUUUGUUGACCUUUUCAGUUGGUAGUUAGUGGGUAAUUCACAGAUCUUAGCCUAGAGUUGUUCGAUGUGUUGUUUCUGCAGAGGGUAGCUAGCAUCAUCCCUUAUCUGACGUAUAAAUACAAAAAUAGAGAGUGUAGCCAGGAAAUACUUUGCACAAGAGAGGAAGAUACUAUCAUCAAAAUCUAACCAUGGGGGACCCAACUUCACGAAGAAAUCAGACAAGAAAUCGACUACGAGCUCAGCUUCGGAAGAAAAGGGAAUCUUUGGCUGAUCAGUUUGACUUCAAGAUUUAUAUAGCCUUCGUUUUCAAAGAAAAGAAGAAGAAGUCUGCACUUUUUGAGGUUGCAGAGGUGGUGCCAGUGAUGACCAACAAUUAUGAAGAAAACAUCCUGCGAGGUGUGCGGGAUUCCAGCUACUCACUCGAGAGCUCGAUAGAACUCCUGCAAAAAGAUGUUGUGCAACUACACGCCCCCCGAUACCAGUCAAUGCGAAGGGAUGUGAUAGGCUGCACACAGGAGAUGGACUUCAUCCUUUGGCCUCGCAAUGAUAUUGAGAAGAUUGACUGUCUGCUUUUCUCCAGAUGGAAGGGGGCUGAUGAUGAACCUUUCAGGCCAGUUCAGGCCAAGUUUGAAUUUCAUCAUUUAGACUACGAGAAGCAGUGCUUGCAUGCUUUGGGUCGUAAAGACAAGGCUGGAAUGGUCAUGAACAACCCAACUCAGUCUGUAUUUCUCUUCAUGGACAGACAGCACUUACAGACUCCUAAAACCAAGGCCACAGUUUUCAAGUUGUGCAGCCUCUGCCUGUACUUGCCCCAGGACCAGCUGACCUGCUGGGGAGUGGGAGACAUCGAGGAUCACCUACGCCCAUACAUGCCUGAUUAGGGCUCCCUGCUCCACCCAGCAGCAUAGGGAAAAGCCCUUCCCCUCCCUCCUGCCUAAGCCUUCAGAAGCAAAUUGAUGUACUCAUCUUCAUCUCGUUUCCUUUUAAAAGAUUUGAACUUGUACUUGGAUCUCUCCUCCUUUUUGUAACCUCCUUGUUCUCCCCACCUUGACCUGCAGCUGAUUCAGUUCCCAUCCUUUUUUUCCUCACACUUCCAAUGUUCCUCCUCUUUUCUGCCAUUUUUGGAUUGGUUCCCCCAUUUUUUUUUUAAUUUUUCCCCUCCUCUUCAUCCCCCCUUCUACUCACUCAUCUGGUUUUGUUUAUUUGAACCUGCACGAACAUUGAUUUUGAGUGGUUGGUUGUUCUCUUGGAGACGCACUGUCAACAGCACCGGUCAUUGAAGGAACUCUUUAUGUUGCAUCAAAACAGGAACAAACAACACACAGGUCUUCACGGUGGUUCUCAGAUGGACGUGUUUAUAUAUCCUUGUUGUCAUAAGAGAGGAUUGUUAAAGCUUGUUUGUAAUGUCAAUGGAGUUUCUAGAACAACUUUAUACAAUCUUUUGACCAAGGACAGGUGUGAAUAGGCGUUAAAACACCUGUAUAAGCAAAGAAAACAAGAUGAACAAUAUUUGUCAAAUCAUAUGGUGUAGGUAUGGCUUCUUAUAAACCGCCUUAGUUUUUUUGCUGGACUUUUAAAAAAUGUUUUGCUGUCAUUUGCUUUCCUCUGAAAAAUGCUAGGCAGGCCUUCGCUAAAAUCUCAAGUGACUUGAAAGGCAUUGUGCACAAAGUUUAGACAUGUUGGAUAGAUGUUGAAGGUCGCGGUCACCGUUCAUAUGAGCUACUGAAAUCUGAUGUUUUAUGUUUUGUUUGAUUGGGGAUGUGGGUUGGUGAAAAGCUGAAAUGAUGACAUACUUAAUGUUUAACAAACCUAACCAAAGUUGCUGUAAGCUAACUGAUUCUUUUGUUUAAUUUGACCUACUAAAAUUAAGAUAAGUUGCUGCCAUGCUCAUAAAUUAAAAUUGGAAUUUGCUGGCUUUUUUGUCAAAAAUGAGGUACUUUUAAUUUUUGCUCCUUGUUGAUUCAGUGUGUUCAGUUGAAAGGGUUAAAGGCGUGUAACUUCUGGGUUUUUUCUGUUGUUUCUCAAAUCAAUACUGCUGAGCAUAUCCCAAUACAGUGCAAAUUCUGAAAGCA